GCCUGCUGCCGCCGCAGUCUGCGCGGCUCCUCCCGCUCCGUCGGCCAUCCCGCGGGUGAAGACCAUGGACGUCAACCAGCCCAAGCAGGAGCAUUUGCUGGCUCUGAAAGGUCCUGUUUUCCACUGAUCUUUGCAUCAUGGGGCAAGGAAAUUCUUGUAAAUAAGAUGUUUCAGUCUAGAUACAAGAAUCCUUAUCAAGAGACUCUUUCCCUAAGAAUCACUGGAUUCCUCCUGUUCAAGCAUGGAAGUGGUCUUGCACUAUCGACCACAUCAGAGAGAUCUAAUAAAACUGCAGAAAUUUGCAGAAGCAGCAGUGAAGGAGUUUCCUAUUCGCCAGUUACCAAGAUUUGCACCCUGGUUUCCAAAUGAUUUACACAGACUUCCCCUCAAACCAAAAAAGCAGGCACCUGUUAUUUCUUGUGAGGAAGUGGAAGAAUUGAAACAGCUUUCUACACCUUCAGGAUAUGUUACAGGAUCUCCUGAUUAUGACUGCACAAAAAAUCUCCUUGAGUUUCACUCUAGUAUGAAACAUGGUCCGACUUUAAUCCAAGCAAAGGCUGUUCACAGAUCAAUUAACUUGGACUAUCAAGGAGAACCACCACCUAAUGGAAAACAAAAAUUGAAAAGGUCUUGGAGUGUCUCUCUCCCUAGUGCUAAACUCAAAGAAAAGAUUCGUCCUUUAUCUCAAGAACUGCAGAAUAAUUUGGAAAGAUUAAAGCUGCAUGCUUUUUGUAGAGCAAAAUGGACAAUUGAACAGUCUAUUUGUAAAAACCAGAAUUUGGAGGACAUAUGGAUAAAAUUGAAUGGACUCAUUAAACAGAAUGAAUUGCCGUCUUGCAAUGCUACUAUCCAAAGAUCUGUGGGACAGAUAUGGAUUUUCUGUGAUAUAUUAUACUGUGAAUAUGUUAGAAAUAUUCUUAGGGAAAAACUAAGCCUUACAGAUAAAAUGAAUUUGCUUGUACACAAAUAUGGAAUUAUAUUUAGUUUGUGACUUAAGAUACAAUUUAAUAAUAAAAUUAAUGUCAGAAAUAAUAGAGCUUCUAAGCAGUUUAGAAUAUAUAGACUUUAGAACAACUGACAAAUUACAGUAAGAAAACUGCUUAUGUUUCUUUACUACAGUUUUCUAAUUACAAUUCUGUAUUUCUUUAACUUUGUUUUGCCUCAAGACUUAUAGUUCUGUUAAGAUUAGUAAGUUUCUGUUUGGCUUAGUACUGCAUUUUAUAGCUUUUCUCUACCUUAGUGGUCUAAAGGAAAAAAUUAAAAUAAAAAUUCCAGACUAUUGUGGCAAGCAAUGUCAGAUAAUAAAAUUAACGCUUUCAGUUGAGUAAAGUACAUCAUCUCUGCUUCGUUGGAAUUAGGAAAAGAAAGAUGAUUUUAAGUGAGUUUAAUAAUAGCCGUAACUGACAUGAAGAUUUUCAAGAUCUGAUUAUUUCCUUACAGUAGUCUGCAACUUUUUUUAAUGAAGGCAUAUCCCUCCCAUGAAGUACAAACUUACUUUAUGUGGGAUAUAUGCACUGUCUUAUCUAUAUUUUCACAGAAAUAUUAAUGAUAGCUUCAGUGGAACCUGUAGGCUGAAAAAUAAUGAGCAACUUAAUAAUUGCUGUUUUACACCUUUGAUAAUUAUUUUUUUCCUGAUAUUUCAGUUCUUUUGUCUCUAAUUAUAUUUGAGAACAAGAAAACACUAGCUUCCAGCGAGAAGUGAGGAAAUUAGGAAAUGAGACUUCUAUCUGAGCCCCCUUGUUUGUUGUCUUUGAGAAUUUGAAUGCCUUUUAUGGUCAUAAAAAGCUGAGUUCAGCAUGACUUUUUGUGUCCUGAAAGAAUUAAGUGUUCCAAGGUCAUGCUGUACCUGCUCAGUUGAAACUUUGGAGGUGAUGAGGCUAACCAAACCUACCUUAUUCACUAAUAUUCCGGUGACUUGUGAAGAAAGAGAUUUGCCAGGUAAUCUAUUUAACCAGCUAAUGAAAGAUGAUCCUUCUACUGUAAAGGGUGCUGAAACGUUGAUGUUAGGAGAAAUGCUGACUUUGCCUCAAAAUUUUGGAAAUAUAUUUCUGGGAGAGACAUUUUCCAGUUAUAUUAGUGUGCACAAUGAUAGCAAUCAAGUUGUCAAGGACAUACUGGUGAAGGCUGAUCUUCAAACAAGUUCUCAGCGUUUGAACCUUUCAGCUUCUAGUGCUGCAGUGGCAGAACUUAAACCUGACUGUUGCAUUGAUGACGUGAUCCAUCAUGAAGUAAAGGAGAUAGGAACACACAUCUUAGUUUGUGCAGUAAGUUAUACUACACAGACUGGAGAGAAAAUGUACUUCAGAAAGUUCUUCAAAUUUCAGGUUCUUAAACCACUAGAUGUGAAAACCAAAUUCUACAAUGCAGAGAGUGACCUCAGUUCUGUGACAGAUGAAGUGUUUCUGGAAGCUCAAAUUCAGAAUAUCACUACCUCUCCAAUGUUUAUGGAGAAGGUUUCUUUAGAGCCGUCAAUGAUGUACAAUGUUGCAGAACUGAACACAGUUGACACAGCAGGGGAAAGUGAGUCUACUUUUGGUGCAAGGACUUACUUACAACCUAUGGAUACACGUCAAUACUUAUACUGUCUAAAACCAAAACAAGAAUUUGCAGAGAAAGCUGGAGUAAUAAAAGGUGUAACAGUAAUUGGCAAACUAGACAUUGUAUGGAAAACUAAUCUGGGUGAACGAGGAAGGCUGCAAACUAGCCAGCUCCAAAGAAUGGCUCCUGGGUACGGUGAUGUAAGACUUUCAUUGGAGACAAUACCAGAUACUGUAAAUUUGGAAGAACCUUUUGACAUUACAUGUAAAAUAACGAAUUGCAGCAGUGAAAGGACUAUGGAUCUGGUUUUAGAAAUGUGCAAUACUAAUUCCAUCCACUGGUGUGGAGUUUCAGGAAGGCAACUUGGAAAGCUGCACCCAAGUUCGUCCCUCCAUCUUGCACUUACAUUGUUGUCUUCAGUGCAGGGAUUGCAGAGUGUCUCUGGCCUAAGACUUACAGACACAUUUUUGAAGAGAACAUACGAGUAUGAUGAUAUUGCACAAGUCUGUGUAGUUUCUUCAGAAAUCAAGCAAAGCUGAAGAAAAAAAUCCUGUAAAUUUACUGAGCUUUUUUUUUCCAACUUCAUGUUUUUGCAGUCACUUGUUUUAAGAUGAGUACAAACAAAAUCAAAUCCCUAUAUAGCUGUAAAUGUGAUAAUGAUUAUUUAAUUUCUCUGAGCAUUUCUUGAAUGUUUUCAAGUCUUUUAAAACAUGCAUAUGCAUUUUAGCUACUAAAAAUAAAACCUUUGAAAAAAGUGUAGUUCUAGUAAAUUAUAUUGCAUUUACAUCAACUCAGGACAGGGGGAUGAGACUCAUAAGAAAUACUAGCAUUUUAUGCUUAUUUUUCUCAUCUUAAUUUUUUAAAGUAUUUAAACCCUUUUAAAAUCCUGGCUCUGACAAAACUGCUUCAGUUCAAAUGAACUGACCUUCUACAGACAAGUUCCUGUAAUCCAAAUUAAAAAAUAAAAAAGGGCAUGGCAGUGUAUUUGUGUGGUACAUGUAUAGCCAUAGGAAAUAAAACCUGAUAAAGCUAUGAGGUGAAAGAGUGCAGCUGGCACUAGGAGCUGGGAAGUGGAGUAUAAGCCAAAGCCUCUGUUGGUUGUGACUCACUCUUUGAAGAGGAAGUAAUACACCAAAUCUAUUCCAAUUGUCUGCAGUCAGAACCAGUAUUGUGCAUUCCUGCAAUACAGGACAUGCUGUGAACAGGCAUGUUAUUUUUCAAUUAGUAGUGAACUGAAAACUAAAAUAGUAGAAGUCAGGUAGUUUUUAUUGUUAAAAUACAGUGUGGACAAUUAUUCUUUCCAAGAGGCAUUUAAAUAGAUUUUUAAGAAAAA